AUGUCUCCUCAACUUCCCGGCGCCGAAACGAUUUCAAAGGCCGCUCAGGUGGCCGUCUUCGACUCCGAGGGCAAGGAGGUCCCCUUCGGCAGCCUCAUCGACGGCGACAAGAAGACGAUUGUUGUGUUCAUCCGCCACUUCUUUUGUGGUAGCUGCAAGCAAUACACCGAGCAACUCGCCACCGUGCGCGAGGACGCCCUCAAGGACGCGGGCGCCACCAUACUCCUCGUCGGUUGUGGGGACUGGCAGCCUAUCAAGCAUUACAACGAAUCCACCGGCUUCCGUGGACCCAUAUACGCCAACCCCGGACGGGAGCUCUACCAGAUCUUCGAGUUCAUGUCGGGACUCAAGAUGACGCCCUCCGGCCAAGAGAAGCGCAGCUACUUGGGUCGUGGGGUCCUCAGCAAUGUCAUUCACAGUAUAUGGGACGGUCCGCUCAAGAACCCCGCAAUCGCUACCAAAGGCGGUCCAAGCGCCCAGAACGGCGGUGACUUCGUGUUUGGUCCAGACCAGUCAUGUAUUUUUGCUCAUCGAAUGGAGCACACCGAGGAUCAUGUCGAGGUCGAAGACCUCAUGAAGGCUGCCGGAGUGGCAUACCCGUGA